GUCGGUUUUCUAUCUCAUCUUAUAUACCCGAUCCAUUCGCCGGAAAAUCUACUUCCCCCUGUGCUGGUUUCUCCUCGUUCUCUUCUGUUUUCCUUUUAAUUCAACCGAUCUGUCACCAUGUCUCUCUACCCCAAAGUUGAUUCUACCAACCCAGCCGCGGAUUCUCCAUUCACCGUCAAACCCUCCUCAUCCUCCUCCUCCCUGUACCCCUCGGUCGACGUCGACCGCGUGGCUGAAAACCUCUUCGCCGAAGAUGAUUCCGCUUCGCAAAACGAAAUCACAGCUCACUCCUCUGAAGAUGUUCUCAUCACAGUCCCCGGUGUUAUUCUUCAUCUUAUCCAAAAGGAUUCUAGCGUCCAGCUCGCUUCUGGGGACCUCGCCAUUGUCACCCUCAGCCAAGGGGGUAACGUAGUUGCCGCCCUCGCUCGUAUUGGAGAUCAAAUUCAGUGGCCCUUGGCUAAAGAUGAGGCUGCUGUGAAACUCGAUGAAUCCCACUAUUUCUUCACUCUUAGAGUUCCGGCGGCUGAACACGAGCACGAUGCUGCGUCCGGAAACGAGUUUGAUUUGUUAAAUUACGGAUUGACCAUCGCGGCCAAAGGACAAGAAGGGGUGUUGAAGGAGUUGGAUCGUGUUUUGGAGCGGUAUAGUUGUUUUUCCGUUGAGAGAGUGGAGGGUGUACGUGGCUGGGAGGGGCUGGAUGGCUCUGUGUCGAAGGAAACAUCGCCGGAAGAAUUGAAAUCGCAGAAGAAAAAGGAAUUAGUAGAGGAGAGCUCUGCUGCGUAUUGGACAACUAUAGCCCCGAACGUAGAGGAUUAUAGCGGAAGCUUUGCGAGGUGGAUUGCCGCCGGCUCGGGUCAGGUCAUCAGGGGAAUCUUGUGGUGCGGUGACAUCACUGUGGAUAGGUUGAAGUGGGGGAAUGAGUUUUUGAAGAAGAGGAUGAAGUCGGGAUCUCAGGUGGAGAUGAGCCCGGAAGCCAUGAAGAGGAUGAAAAGGGUCAAGAAGUUGACGAAGAUGUCGGAGAAAGUGACGGUCGGGGUGCUCUCAGGUGUUGUCAAGGUGUCUGGAUUCUUCACAAGUUCCGUAGUGAACUCAAAAGCGGGCAAGAAGUUCUUCAGCCUUCUCCCCGGAGAAAUCAUCCUUGCUUCCUUGGAUGGAUUCAACAAGGUGUGUGAUGCUGUUGAGGUUGCCGGAAAGAAUGUCAUGUCUACUUCAUCAGUUGUGACCACAGGGCUUGUUUCACACAAGUAUGGAGAGGAAGCAGCGAAGGUGACAAAUGAAGGGCUGGGCGCGGCAGGGCAUGCGAUAGGGACAGCAUGGGCGGUGUUUAAGAUAAGGAAGGCCCUUAACCCAAAGAGUGUCAUCAAGCCUACCACUCUCGCCAAAGCUGCUGCCCAAUCUGAAGCCAAGUCCAAGAACAAGAAUUAACACUCUCAUUUCUCCCUUUUGUACGAAUACUGGAAGAUGAGGGACUGUCCACAAACCACAAUAUUGAUUUGCUGCUGUAUUCUUUUCUGAGGUUCAUCGAAGUGUCGAUUUGUAUUUACAGUGAGUUCUUGAUAUUUUGUCAUAGGAAUCCGUGUCUCUACUUUACACUUACAAGCUCCAACCACAGAGUUUUACGCAGUGAUUACAUGAAGUUCAUAGAAUUAAUACCAUAAAGAAGUGUUAUGAUCUUA